CGCAUGCGAGUGCGAUUCUUUGACAAUAGUGCAUCAGUUAUAUACUUCGUUUGUGUUAGGUCAUCAUCGUAGUUUUUGUCGGUAAAAUGUUUGACAUUGAGCAUCUCAUUAGACUUGUUGAAGACGAGCCCUGCCUUUGGGACAAGAAACUCACUGAGUAUUCAGACAGGAACUUCCGCGAUAGAGCUUGGCGUACAAUCUGUGAAAGGUUUUACCAAGAUUGGGAUUCGAUUGAUGUAAAAUCCCAAGAUGCUAAAGUCAAAGACUUGAAGAGUAAAUGGAGAAACAUACGAGACACUUUCAUGAGAUCGCUUAGUAAAAGUGGAGAACCAGGGCAUAAAAGGAAAAAAUACAUCUAUAGUGAGCAUCUGGAGUUUCUUCUCAAUGCUUCAGAUAAAAGGCAGACAAAUAAUGUUGAAAAGACUGACCCAGGUGAAGAAUUGCAAGAAGACAACAGCAUGGACGAAGAUGAACCAACAGAAGAACAAUUCGCUUAUACCCCAGUACAAACUUCCUAUACACCAGUUCAAACAUCAAAUACUCCCGAUGAAACAUUAUAUACUCCAGUUGAGGCAUCAUAUACCCCAAUUUCUUCACCUCCACCUCAACCAACUGUCACUCGACUUGAGAAGAAAAAAUUAAGAACAUUCCAAACGCAGUUAUUGAACAUUUUAGACACACCAAAACCAAAGCAAGAUGACCAGGACGCAGACAGAUUGUUUCUUCUAUCACUUCUUCCCGAUUUAAGAUCCUUGCACGAUGACGACAAGUAUGAUUUCAAAAUAGGCACUCUGCAGGUGAUGCGAGAUCUGAAGAGGAAACGAACUGUGAUAGAAGAUGCUCAAACUAGCUAGUCCGACGUAAUUUUGUACUGUAUCAUAAUUUUAAUGGUAAGGUUUUAUGGGCAAAGUAGAAUCUUCGGCAGAUAACCACAUGGUUUGAUUGGCAAAGAUAGUGGGGAGUGGUCAGUGGUCCACGUUGGACGCGUUGUACAGUCCAUCUUUGGGAACAAUGUACAAUUCUACAAUAUACCAAAGAAUUAA